AUGAACUUGGAGAGGAAGGCAGCAAAGCAAGGCCCGGAUGGUGGAGGCCAAGUCAAACUGCGUGCCAGACGAGGACAGAUGUGCUUCACUGAAGGAGGAGCUGGGAGUUGGGAAGGUUUGGGAGGAGCAGGUUCUGACAAGUGGGAGUCAAUUAGCACCAUUGCCAAAGGGUCAUUGACCUGCUGGGCUGGGGCGGGUGAGUUUCCAACAACCACUUCAGUAGGAGGUCGGUCCGAAUUAGAUGGUGCCAAAAAGUCCGGAGACGACUCAACGGACUCAGAACCAUCAUUGUCAGACCAAUAA